AUGGAUGGACCGCAGCGGUUAUCACCCAAUACCCAGAAGCAGGGCCGCCGGCGGCGGUCCAGCAGCAUCAUCUACCAGGAGCCCGCCGAAUCCAUCGAGCAUACUAGUGACCAAGCUGCACUGCCCAACCUGAAUGCCAACUGGGUCAACGCUAAAGGUGAGUUGAGCUUGAAUCCCAGCCCUCCCCCUCCCCCCAACGUCCCGACCGAACCGAUUUGGACACCGUGGACACGUCCCCAACUCGCAGAACCCCAAGACAAGGCUGACAGGAAUGUUGUCGCGCGAACAGGAGCCUGGACCAUCCAUUUCGUCCUCAUUGCUGCCCUGAAGAUUCUCUUUGACAUUAUCCCUGGUGUCUCGCAGGAGACCUCAUGGACACUCACCAACAUCAGCUACAUGUUCGGCUCUUUCCUCAUGUUCCAUUGGGUGCGGGGCAUCCCGUUCGAGUUCAACGCCGGUGCCUACGAUAACCUCAACAUGUGGGAGCAGAUCGAUAAUGGCGACCAGUACACCCCGACCAAAAAGUUCCUACUCUGUGUGCCCAUUGUGCUCUUCCUCCUCAGCACUCACUAUACCCACUACGACUUGACCUACUUUACCAUCAACUUUUUGGCCACUCUGGCGGUCGUCAUCCCAAAGCUUCCUUUCUCGCAUCGGUUGCGAAUAGGUCUCUUUUCCGAUUUGCCAGAGGACUCAUAG